CCGCACCCUCUGUGAUUCAGGUUUGGUCCUUUUGUGGGUUCCUCGGUAUAUUUCUCAGUCUGGCAUCGACGGGACCGUUCGUUAGUCGGCGAUAAGAAACCCGAAGACGUAUGGGAACAGCGAGAAGACGGGGGGGCUCUCUCACCGGCGGCGACACGUGCUUCUCCCCUCUCCCCCUCCUCGUAUGAGUUUUUGAAGAGGCACGGUAGAGCAGCUUGAGCAUCUCAUCGUCCCCUCAUCUGGCGUUGGAGGGCACAUCCGUGUGAGAGCCAUGACUUUGAGCUCCGAGAUGUCGGAUGCCUCCAUCCUUUCGGAAGAGACCGACAUAGACGUGGUCGGUGAAGGGGAGGAUGGGGACAACCAGACGCGCUCUUAUGUGGACGAGGUGGCGCAGAUGCACGAUGGCAUCCUUCUGGCCGGCUCUCCUCCUCCGUGCCUUGACAACUCCACCUCCUCGAGGGAUACCUACAAGCCUGCGGCCAAGAACACCCUGGUGAAGCCCCCUUAUUCCUACAUCGCCUUAAUCACCAUGGCCAUCCUGCAGAGUCCCAAAAAGAGGCUGACUCUGAGCGAGAUCUGCGACUUCAUCAGCAACCGCUUCCCCUACUACAGGGAGAAGUUCCCGGCCUGGCAGAACUCCAUCAGACACAACUUAUCCCUCAAUGACUGCUUCGUUAAGAUACCGAGGGAGCCCGGGAACCCCGGGAAGGGCAACUACUGGACCCUGGACCCGGAGUCUGCUGAUAUGUUUGACAACGGGAGUUUUCUGAGGCGGAGGAAACGAUUCAAGCGGCAGCAGGCGCAGGACUUGCUGCGAGAGCACAACAGUUUCGUCCCCGCCGGUGCUGCGUAUGGAUACGGACCGUACAGUUGCGGAGGAUACGGGAUCCAGCUCCAGUCUUACCACACGCACUCUGCGCUUUUUGCCUUUCAGCAGCAUCAGCAACAGCACUCGAGGCACUCACAUUCGCACACGGGAACCAUAAUCCCUGCACCGUCUUUGAUGCCUACCACCACGGACUUAGCCAGGAGUAGGUUCUACCCCCAGCUCAGCUCCAGUCUGGGCUCAGCCACCGUGCAGUCUGCAGCCCCGGUGCAGAAGUCCAGCUCUCCGGUGCAGCGGUCUCCCUUCUCCAUAGAGAGCAUCAUCGGAGGGUCUCUGAGCCCCUCCAGGACUCCUCCGGUCGUUGUCCCGGUCUUACCGUCCUCUCUGGGCCCUCCAGCGGCCAGCCAGUCGCAGACCGUCCACCCCGGAGCCGUUUUACACCCAGUUGAAAACUUUCCGAGCAGAGUUGCCAGCGGCACUAGCGGCUGUUAAAUGUCCUAACUACAAACUUUUCAAGAAAGUAAAACAAACAAACAAACAAACUGAAAAAGCAACAAAAACUAAAUAACGCCCCUCUUCGAAGGUAGGAUUAUUUUUGUAUGUUUAUUUGAUAGCACGCAGCUGGAUGAUGGACGUAAAAAUACGCUUUGUGCCUCUAUUCAUGCUGUUUCUAAAUAUAUAUUUAUGUUAAUUUUAUUCGGUGUGAAUCAGACCUUUGACCACGAACUGUCCUUGUAUUUUUCAUAAAGUGAUUCGUUUCAGUCACUGUUUAGGACCCUCUCAGGAUAUCGACUUGAUAAACAGGUUAUAAAUGAUCACGUUUAAAAUAGGAAAACGAUGUAUUUGUGUCAAACACAUUUUCUUAUUAGUUUGGCGAAUCAAAACAUUUUUAAGGUUUUGAUUUGAACUUUGUAUUAAGAG